CUCCCAUCCUCUCCCCCGCACACCACUCCUCGCCCACGACCCGAAUCCCAAACCCUAACCCCUCUCCCCUCUCCCCCCAUUGGACUGCCUCCGCCACCGCCCCCUACGGCGGCCGAUCCUGCCGCGACCUCCCUUCCCCUCCCACCUCAAGCCGCUCCUCCUCGCCUUUGUGGCCGACCACUUGCUCCCGCCGUUCGAGCCCGCGCGCCUGCUCCUCCUCGCCUUCCCCGCUGACAACCCGCUCCGCGACCACCUCAUCACCACCGCCGCCUCCGCGUUCUUAGCUCCGCUCUCCGACCACUGAAAAGAUGGAGCCGCACCUCUCCAACUCUCCCAUGGCGCCAGCUGGAGCCAACGAGGUCAGUCCGCGGCCAGAUCUGCCACGGCCACAGAGGGCCUUUCGGAUCCGCGCCGUCGUCGAGCUUGAUCCGCGCCCUCCCAGGCACACCAUGGCCAACGUCCUCAAGGCGACAUCGACGACGAUGACAAGGAGGAGGAGGAGGAUGACCAGGACAUGCACGACCCCACACCCGGGCCUGACGAGCUUGAAGAGGAGAUCGCCGAGUCCGACCUCAAGCUCGACCAUGACGGUGUCGUCCAUCCCGACCACGCCGACGCGCGACAGAAGAGCACAAGUAGAGGCUAGUUGUGGUGGUCCGAAGGCCUCCAGGCGCCGCAUCACCACGCCGUCCCGACGCCGACCCAGUCGCAAACGACGGCCAUCUCUAGGAGGUGGUGAUCAGGUGAACAACAUAUGCCUGGAAGACCUCUGGCCCAGCUCAACUCCAUCUCCAUGCACCUCGGCGAGAUCGUCGGUAAUGGACGCCGCCUGCCUCGUAUCAUUCUUUCUGGAUAACAUUCUAGUGUGGCAACAUUUAGUAAUUUACAGUUGCCUGUUUAUGGUGCUAUGCAAACUCUGAAAAUUGGUACUUCAGUCAAAUCUGCUUUCCUUUCUAAACAACUGUGCACCUCGCUGAGAUCGUCUUACCUGGCAUCAUUCCAUACUAGUAUAGAUAGCAUCCAAAUACGGUGUGCUGUUCACUGGUUUUAUUUUCAUACGAUGACAAGAGUUGAUGAAUAUUUAGGCAUACUAGAACAUAUUUCGUGGAAAUUCUAGAACUGCAGAAGUUGACCUGUUUGUUGUAGAAUUCAAUAGGCAGUAUCCUUUAUUUAGGCUCAAAAAAGCCUUGCCAGUGGUUUUAUUGUAACGUCAAGUUUUCAUCACAAACACUAGUUGUUUAUUAUGAAACAUUGGUUCUACUGUGCACUAUUCAGUUAUUAUCUAAAAAAACACAAUUCAGUUAACUUAUACUUUAUCUUUUAGAUUUGUAGCUUCAAACCUGGAAAAAUGGACAUAUAGCUUCUACUUUUGAACAAAGUAAAAUGCAAUGCACAUAGAUAGACAUGCAUCAUAGGCAGUACUUGUUUCUAAGUUAGCUAAGCAUAAUCUGUUGUUUAAUCCAAAUUGUGUUAUCAAAAGUUGUGCAGAAUGUGUUCUGGUCUUGCUUCAUGGAUCAGUUUUCUCAUAAAACUAAUGUGCCUGGACAACAGUUUGCUCCACUAAUGUUAUAUCUCUCUCAUUGUAGGAUGGCAAGUUGUGGCAGCUGGAGCAUGUCGCAUAAGAGAGAGAAAUGAAAUCCAUUGUACUGUUCCGUUAAAAAAAGUACAUUGUGCUGUUAUGAUAGUAGCAGAUGUGCCAUCAUUUUCUUAUUGUAUAUUCCUGUGUAAGGAAAUGUAUUCCUGAGAUGAUUUUUUGUGUUAUGUAAACCUGGGAGAUAUUUUCUUUUUGUGUUAUGUAAACCUGGGAGUUUUCCUAAUUUGAAUGAAAUAAUGUUGGAUGUAUGUGUGUGAUUGGGCUAAAGUCUGCUUGGGCCAAACUGGACAAAUAAUUGGGCUGAAACAGGCCACAUACCAACAAGCAUCGAACAAUUUCAAAAAUGAAAUGAUAAGUCUUAAAAAAAGAAAUGGACUGCAA